AAGGGAGGAGGGGCAACGAUAGAUAGAUUUCGCUUCGUUGUCGUGUAAUAAAUUUUUAAAGUGAAUUGUGAUAAAAUCUUCAUAAAUGGAUUGAAUCAAGUGACAUUGUUGUACGCUAUAUGAGUGCAUUGGACGGUUCAAUAGCUGUUUGUGAAGACCAGUGAUCGCAUUCCGACCGCUCCCUGUGCGUAGAGUACGUACGUCAGUCGCUAAGUAUUUUUCAUGCCGUUUGUACUACUUGCGUAUAGUAGGGGCCGUGUGAUAGUAAAAGCUGUUGGAAAGUGCAUUCAUACGGGAAACUGUUGCCGUAAAAACUAAUCCCACGUUCCGUUCAAUUUAGAGCGCAAAGUGUUGUGUGGUGGAGUCUGUGGGAAUUCGAUGUUUGAAGCCAUUUUUGGUCGGUUCUAAUCAGUGUUAUUUACGUGCAAAGUAUCGUUUAUAUCGUGUCCUACGUGUCGCACUCAAUUUGACCACAGUGUAGUUAACCAACAGAACAUAAUGACUUUGCCUAUUUAAUACCCACCCAUUUAGCUGUUGAGCUAUAAACUAGAGUCAGUUUAGACAUGAUCACAAGGCUACAGACAUGGACGGCGUGAAGAAAAUCCACUCGGGAACACUGUAUCGCAACGGUCCGGUAGAGGGCGCGUAUGGUCCGCAGCACAGCCCCGUGUCGCGGUCGGACGCCUCCACCGAGGACGCGGAGCUUUCGGCUGCGCUCGCGCACCAGCACCAUCUCGCUAUGCAGGCGGGCGAAUAUCCCGUGGGGAGCGGCGUGGAGCCCGACUACGGGCAGUACGUGUCGUCCCCCGCCGCCCACUACAACCACAUGGGCCACCUCACCAUGGCACCCUCGCAGAAAUACCCUCAUGUGAUGGAAGCGGUGUCCGUGGGCAGCGGAUACGCGGGCGGAGUGGGCGCCGGAACAGGCGGCGGGCAUUAUGGUACAUACGCGCACUACGGAGCCGCGUACCCUGCACAACCUGCUUACCUCGUUGAACCCCAGGUGCCGGCUUACAUGGCACAGGAGUAUGUGGAGGGUGGCGGCAGUGCAUCCCCCAGAAGCGCUUCACCGGGAGCCAUGCCACCUCAACACAAUUUACAUCUGCAACAGAGGUAUGACUCGGCGUCACUAGAGCAACUGGGACGGCACUAUUGCGUGACGUCUCCGCGCGGCGAAUACGCGGGGGAUGCGUACGCGUACCAACACUAUCCCACUGCGUACGAGCCCCCACACCAACCACCACCUUUCAAGGAUUCACAAAACGGCCUAAGUUUAGGAAGCACAGGUGGGCAGUCGAUGUACGGCGAUGAAGAGGAAUUACAGAAACAAAUGGCUAAUAUGGCGCUAGUUCACGGAGGAGUGGGCGUCGGCGUAGGGGGUCGUGAAGAUGGCGGCGGUCUACAGUGGAGGGAUCCAAAUUUACCCGAAGUGAUUGGUUUCCUCAACUCUCCCUCAGACGUCGUGAAGGCAAACGCGGCGGCAUACUUACAACACCUCACUUAUAUGGACGACCCCAACAAACAAAAGACUAGGAGCUUAGGUGGUAUCCCCCCUCUAGUGCGGCUGAUAUCACAUGAAAAUCCAGAAGUGUGUCGCAAUGCGUGCGGAGCGCUUCGGAACCUAUCGUACGGACGACAGAACGACGAGAACAAACGUGCCAUACGGGAUGCGGGCGGCAUUCCCGCGCUUAUGGCGCUACUGUGCCGAGCUACUGAUAUGGAGGUCAAAGAACUGGUAACGGGCGUAAUAUGGAACAUGUCGUCAUGCGAAGAUUUGAAACAGUCCAUCAUAGACGACGCGGCGCAAGUGAUUGUCAACAAAGUCAUCAUACCACAUUCCGGAUGGCACCCAACUAACCCUGGCGAUACUUACUGGUCUACUGUAUUCCGCAACGCAUCGGGUGUACUUCGCAACGCAUCGUCGGCCGGCGAGUACGCGCGGCGUCGGUUACGGUCGCUCGCCGGUCUGGCCGAGGCUUUACUGCACGCCGUGCGCGCCGCGCUCAGCGCUAACGCCAUUGGAACCAAGAUUGUGGAGAACUGCGUCUGUGUACUACGGAAUUUAUCCUACAGAUGUCAAGAAAUAGAAGAUCCGUUAUAUGACACAAGAGCACCACCUACACAGUCUUCAGGGCAAGCAAGGAUACAAGCCAGCGCAUCCAAAGGUGAAAAUCUGGGCUGCUUUGGUGGAAGUAAAAAGAAGAAGGAAGGUUCCACGUCAUCAAACUCCACAAGUCCGCUGGGCAAGAGCGAUCCUGAACCACAACAACUAGACAACAAUACUAACACACAAUUAGGGUACAGCGUGCCCAAAGGCACUGAGAUGCUGUGGUCACCUGAGGUGGUGCCUCUAUACAUGGCUCUACUGCAGACGUGUUCCAACCCAGAGACCUUAGAAGCGGCGGCCGGCGCGUUGCAGAACCUCGCCGCUUGCUACUGGCAACCUUCUAUAGACAUACGCGCCGCUGUCAGGAAAGAGAAAGAUUGUCUUACCUUGUCUUCAGGGCUACCAAUUUUAGUAGAGCUGUUACGAAUGGAGGUCGACAGGGUUGUUUGCGCGGUAGCCACAGCUCUCAGAAACCUGGCCAUAGACCAACGGAAUAAGGAGCUGAUAGGCAAAUACGCUAUGCGGGACCUGGUACAGAAACUGCCGAGUGGGAACCAACAACAUGACCAGGGUACGUCAGAUGACACGAUAGCGGCAGUGCUAGCAACACUGAACGAAGUAAUAAAGAAGAGCGCGGAGUUCUCGCGGUCCCUCCUCGAAGCGGGCGGAGUGGAGAGGCUGCUCAACCUCACCAAACAGCGUCAUCGUCAUACGCCCAGAGUGCUCAAGUUUGCAGGUCAAGUGCUAAUGACGAUGUGGUCUCACGCGGAGCUGCGCGAGGUGUACCGCAAGCACGGCUGGCGCGAGGCGGACUUCCUCACGCCCGCGCGCGCCGCGCAGCCGCGCGCCUCCUCCAACACCAGCGGUCAGGGCACGCCCAUGUCGGGGGGUGCGCCUCACUCGCCGUCGGCCGCCAACAGCACGCUGAGUCGCCCCAUGGCGUCUACGGGUGGCACGCGUUAUGAAGACCGCACCAUACGACGCCAUCGCGAGAACGAUGACAUGCCAGCGAUGGACGUUAACUACGCCGAUGGUUUAGGCAUGGGCAACCCCAACGGCCGCCCCAUGAACCUGCAGGGCGUACAAGCUCAGAUGCCGCCGCCUGCCAGCCGCUAAACCGACCUCACAUCUACCACGUUACUACUCAGUACUCAUGUUAUCACAGAGGGCCUAGACUACGCAGAAGCUACUGGAAUUAUAUCUCUAUUCGGGCAACUGAGUGAGCCGAAUUCGGACAACCAAACUCGUAAUUUCAGGGGUUCCUUGGUGGCAGUGGCGCAAAAUAUAGAAAAACAAAGGCAUACAAAGCUCUGCAGCUCACACUAGAUGAAGCCCAAUGAUUAAGGCGGAAUGAAAUUAUCGGACGCGGUUGACCGCUGUCAAAAAAAAAACAAAAUUCGUUUUUUUUUUUAUUCAAUUAAACUUUUACAAGUACUUUUGAAUCCUCAGGUGCAUCUACCACUGUUUUGGAAUGCCUGUGUUUUACCUAUAAAAUACCUAUAUCUGGAUAGUAAAUAAAUGACUGUGCUAACUAUCGGACGUAAGUAGCGGACGUAACAUUGAGCGCUCGGACGACCGAUAGAUAUCUCGCAAGCCGUGUCCCAAACGACUGUGCACAAUUAUCUGAGGCGGCUUACGGACAUGUCCGAUAAUUUAUGUCCGCUUUUAGUUUUCUUUGUCCUAUCUGAAAAUAGGUACAUACCCGGUAAGAAAUGUUGGCACAUCUUUGAACUUUAAAGAGAUAAUGGUUUUGUAGAGCGUUCUCUGUUGAGCCAGAAAUCUCUUUCUAAAGUUCCAUGUGCAAUAUUUCCUGCCGCUUACCUCCUCCUUUUCUUUUUAAUAUUGCUAAAAAAGAACAGAAAAUAAAUUUUAAAUUCAAAGACUCUC